AUGGCAACAUAUAAAUGCACAACUUGCGAAACAUAUAAACGUUCUAAAUAUGAAGCAGGUUGCUAUGGCUCUUGCGGAAAAAGAGAUUGUAGGGACUGUUGCGAAACUUGCGGAAAUCAUACCCUAGUUAGUGUGGAAGUUUCCACAAUUGGUAAUCAAUUAGAACAUCGUAAUACACAAGGUUAUUAUGGUGAAGCAAAAGUUAUAACUUAUAAUAAGGGGGGUUCGAUAACUAUCCAAACGGCUUAUUCUGAAUUAAUUGAUGAAAAAAAAGUUAGGGAAAUGGGAGAGGAAGAGAAGAAAGAUUACCACGACUAUACCCGCGACCAACUUAUCGCUGAAAUCAACCGCUUAAAAUCUGAAAACGAACAAUUGAGAAACAAUCAGAAUUUAACUAGUUCAGAAAAAGAGAGUAGAUUACAAAAAAAUCGACAGAAAUUAGAGGAAUUAAAACUUUACUAUAAUACCGGUUCGCAAUCAGGUUUACAAUCAAAUAAUAAUAGAUUUUCUGCAGAUUUGUUAACCGCCAUGGCUCACAUUGUAGAAGGACAAAGAAAACUUGCUGAUAGAUUAACCGCAAUUGAAGGCGAACUAAAACUGAUUAGGAUAGAAAUAAAAGAAUUAGUCGAAAAGAAAAAAUAA